AAUUUUUGUUGGCCUUCAUUUAUUUCUCUCUGCUUUUCUCAAACAUUAGUAUCGCCACUGCCAUUGUUUUGCUUCUGUUUCAAUACAGGAGCACAAAUUCUUUCCUGUUUCUUGUCUUUUCUUGAACAAAAACCAUAAAAAAGAAAAGCUGAGAAACAUUACUUGUUAAGUUAGUUCUGGAGCUUUUCUUUAUAAUGUACAUGAGUCUCUGGUAUUAGCCCUUCUCUUCUUCUUCUUCUUCAUCUUCUUCAUCUUCUUCUUCUGGUAUUUUCUCUGUGUAGUGUGUUGGAGUUUUUGAAGCAGUCACCGACAUUCCAUCUCUGCCUCCAUUGUCUUACUUAUACCGGAAGCAAAGGGAAAAUAAAAGAAGAAGAAGAAAUAUUCUUGCUCUUUUUUUUUUAAAAAAAUUUCUUUAAAUCUCAUUCAGAUCUCAUGGGUUUCUUGUAGAAUCUAUAAGCAAACAUCUAUUACUCUGUUUCAAUCUUCUCCUCUGUCUUUCUAAUUUUCCUCUACAACCCACAAAAUGGAUCGGCUAACGACAACAGCAGUAAUCCCAGAUGCAUUUCAAGGUGCAAGAGAUGACAUUUCAAUGCAAUUUUCAAUCAUUUGGGAUCAGAUCAAAGCGCCAUUGAUUGUUCCUCUGUUAAGGCUUGCAGUUGCUAUUUGUCUGAUAAUGUCCUUGAUGCUUUUUAUUGAAAGAGUUUACAUGGGCAUUGUUAUUAUAUUGGUCAAGCUUUUUGGUCGAAAACCAGAAAAACGUUACAAAUGGGAGCCCUUGAAAGACGAUGUUGAAUUGGGUAACUCUGCGUAUCCCAUGGUUCUGGUUCAAAUCCCAAUGUACAAUGAACGAGAGGUAUAUCAACUUUCCAUUGGAGCUGCAUGUGGCCUCUCCUGGCCUUCUGAUCGAAUCAUAAUCCAAGUUCUUGACGACUCCACAGAUCCAACUAUUAAGGAUUUGGUGGAGCUAGAAUGCCAGAGGUGGGCAAGUAAAGGCAUAAACAUAAAAUAUGAAAUAAGAGAUAAUAGAAAUGGUUAUAAAGCCGGAGCUCUAAAAGAAGGGAUGAAACGAAGCUACGUUAAACAUUGCGACUAUGUAGUAAUUUUCGACGCAGAUUUCCAACCAGAACCAGACUUUCUAUGGCGAACCAUUCCUUUCUUAGUUCAUAACCCACAAUUGGCUCUCGUGCAAGCCCGAUGGAAAUUCGUUAAUUCUGAUGAGUGCUUGAUGACAAGAAUGCAAGAAAUGUCUUUGGAUUACCAUUUUACUGUUGAACAAGAAGUGGGCUCCUCUACUUAUGCCUUCUUUGGCUUCAAUGGGACAGCAGGAGUAUGGAGAAUUUCUGCACUUAAUGAAGCUGGAGGCUGGAAGGAUAGAACCACAGUUGAGGAUAUGGACCUUGCCGUCCGUGCAAGUCUCAAAGGCUGGAAAUUUUUGUACCUUGGUUCUCUUAAGGUGAAAAAUGAAUUGCCUAGUACUUUGAAGGCAUACCGCUAUCAGCAGCAUAGGUGGUCUUGUGGUCCUGCUAAUCUCUUCAGGAAAAUGGUUAUGGAGAUCAUAAUAAAUAAGAAAGUGACAUUGUGGAAGAAGGUACAUGUGAUCUACAGCUUCUUCUUGGUGAGGAAAAUUGUUGCCCACAUUGUUACAUUUAUAUUCUACUGUGUGGUGUUGCCUGCAACUGUUUUGGUACCUGAAGUUGAAGUUCCAAAGUGGGGAGCUGUUUAUAUUCCUUCCAUAAUUACUUUACUCAAUGCAGUUGGAACUCCGAGAUCCUUGCAUUUGUUGGUCUUCUGGAUCCUUUUCGAGAAUGUCAUGUCAUUGCACCGUACUAAGGCUACCUUCAUUGGCUUGUUAGAAGCUAGCAGAGUCAAUGAAUGGAUUGUCACUGAGAAACUAGGUGAUGCUGUUAAGUCAAAAGCUGUCAAAGCACCCAAGAAACCUCGAUUUAAAUUUGGAGAGAGGCUCCACCUAUUAGAGCUUGGAACUGGAGCUUACUUAUUCUUCUGCGGUUGCUACGAUGUUGCAUUUGGGAAAAACCACUACUUCCUAUAUCUAUUUGCACAAGCAAUUGCCUUCUUCAUCAUUGGAUUCGGAUACGUUGGCACCUUUGUCCCUCAAUCUUAAGUUCACAGUUUUAAGUCAGUAACAAACAGUUUGGUGCAGUAUUUCUUUCAACAAUUCCUCGCCUUUAUAUAUAUACGCCAUUAGCAUCACUCUGGAGCUUUGUAUAAACUGAUGGGGAAAAAAAGAAAAGGAAGGAAAGGAAAGGCGAUAUUCUUUUAGAUUGAGCAAAAAUAAUCGAGUGGAUGAUAACUCGAGCUUAGAGAGCUUUAUUUUUUGUGAAUAUUCAAGUACAUUGUUAAGGAAACUACAGACACAUUGUUAUAAUGGUUCUUUUGGUAUCUCAAUUAUAUACAGAGAGGGUAAGAAGAGAAAGAGAGACAGAGUGAAAAAAGCAGCUUCUGGGUUUUGAUGACCCUUAAGUAGAUAUCAUAGAUGAAACAUGGAUUGUAAUUGUGAGAUGUUGUAGCUUUUUGUUUUUGUUCAUUGUUUUGUUGCUGUUGGCAUUGGGUUUUGGUAGGAAAUAAAUUCAUAGAAAUGGGAUAAGUUUCACAUUUCAAUUCAAUGCUUGUCUUUCUUUU